AUGUUAAAUAUUCUACAAAAUAAUUCACCAAAUGAUAAUGAAUUUCAAAAAAUACGUAAUCAAAUUUUAUUAACUUUUGAAUUAGAGUUAUUAAGAAACGGUGGAGAAAUAGAUUUAAAAAUUCAAAUUUCGAGUUUAACAAAUAUACAAAAACAACAAUUACAAGAGUUACGAGCUAAACAAAUGCAUUGUGUGAUAAGAUUUAAUAAAAUAAAAGAUAGAAUCGAAAAUGAAACAUUAGAAAAUAUAGAAAGAUUACAUAAAUUUCAAUUCUGGCAUCGAAAAAUACUUGAGAAGUUAUUAUUUACACAACAACAACAAAAUCGAUUGAAUAAAUUAAGAUUAGCUAGAUUAGCAUUUUGGACAGAAUAUUUGGCAGAAUAUAAUAUAUUUGUAGAACAAAUUCAAAAUGAAACAGAUUUAUGUAGAUUACGAGGAUUUUGGAUAACUAAAAUUAAUAACUCUCAAUUCAUAAAUAAAAAAAAAUUAAAUCUUUAUAAAAUACGUAAAGAACAUAUUAGAAUUUUAUUAGAACAAUCACAACAAUCUGAUUAUAAAGAAUACAAAAUGAAAUUUUUAUUAGAAGAUAGAGGAAAUAUAGAUAGACAAAUUCGAUUGUUGAAAGAUGAUAAUCUGACUGAUGAAAGACAAACAAUAAAAUUACAGGAAAUGUGUUGUGGACAUUUACAAGAUUUAUUACAAAUGAAAGAAAUAGCAAAUUAUGAUCGACUUGAACGUUUGUUGCAUACAUAUGUUAGAAGACAAAGAGUUGAGUUAUUAUCAAAUAAAAGUAUUCUUACAGAAUCUAUUAAUGAUCUUAAUCAAACAUUGUUAGAAAAUGAUAGAGAUCGAUUAUUGUUAAUACAAACGAGAAAAACUCGAUACAAUAACCUUUUAUAUGAUAUAACAAAAAGACAAAUGCGAGCAGAAACAAACAGAGAAACUUUAGCAAAUGGAGAAUGUUAUGAUCUUAUAAUUUAG